AAAUCCAAAAUCCAAAACCCAAAUGGCAAAACCCUCCCCCUUUUACUAUUGUUAGUGAAUAGUGAUUUUCUCAUAUACUCUCUCUCUCUCUCUCUCUCUCUGCUCCCUCUCUGGUCUAUAUUGUCUGGAAGCCAGAAAGAAGAAAAAGGAAACAGAGUGAGAAAAGGAGAGUAGCACAUCAUCUCUAGCGGUGCAGUGCUUUAGGUUAGCUCAGACAGAUACAUAAAGAAUGCAGCAGCACCUCAUGCAGAUGCAACCCAUGAUGGCAGCCUAUAACCCCAACAACGUCACCACUGAUCACAUUCAACAGUAUCUGGAUGAGAAUAAAUCAUUGAUUUUGAAGAUUCUUGAGAACCAAAACUCAGGAAAACUCAGCGAAUGUGCAGAGAAUCAAGCAAGACUUCAAAGAAACCUUAUGUAUCUGGCUGCCAUUGCUGAUUCCCAACCACAACCACCUACCAUGCAUGCUCAGUUUCCUCCCAAUGCGGUCAUGCAGCCUGGUGCCCACUACAUACAACACCAACAAGCCCAGCAGAUGACACCACAGUCACUCAUGGCUGCUCGAUCCUCCAUGUUGUAUGCUCAGCAGCCUCUCUCAGCAUUGCAGCAACAGCAAGCAAUGCAUAGCCAGCUGGGCAUGAGCUCAAGUGGGAAUACUGGACUUCACAUGCUGCAUGGUGAUGCCAGUGUGGGAGGCAAUGGAGCACUUGGGCAUGGAGGAUUUCCUGAUUUUAGUCGUGGUGCUUCUGGGGAGGGCUUGCAGGCUGCAAGCAGGGGAGUGACAAUUGCAAGCAAACCAGACGUAGGAAGUGGUGGUUCUGCUGAUGGUCGAGGUGGCAACUCAGGAAGCCAAGGUGGGGAUGGAGGUGAGUCUCUGUAUAUGAAAGGUGCUGAAGAAGAGGGGAACUGAGAGGUCGGUAUGGUGCCUUAUGGUUUACUUCUAAAUAGGAGAUUAAAGCUGGAGAAAAAACAAAUUGGCUAUUGGACUUCUGAUUUGAUAAUGAUGACAACAACAAAGAUGAUAGUUAAUAUGGUUUUUAUUACUCUGUUUUUAAGUGUGAAACAUGCAUCAUGCAUUGACAUUUCCUGUAAAUUUGUAGGUUGUGGAAGGUAUUGCCAUUUCCUUUUGAUUAUGCUCAA